GACACUUAAUUCCGGAACCUCAUAGAAGCCUCACUUUAGUCGCAUACAUUUGCGCGACUAAUGGGACAUCUAACCUUUAUUACAUGUUUUCUACCUUCCACGAUUUGAAAACGAAUGAUGGCGAACAAAACCGAUGAAAAUUGUAUAACAGUCACAACCAUCACGACCACCAAGUGGUUGCCCACAAGUCACAAACGCCAACACGCAUAACCAGUGGUUUGCCUGUUAUCAUAACAAUGUUUGGCUGUCUGUCAAUCACAACCUUCUUCUCUUUCUGGAAAGAGAAGAAGAACAACACGGGGGAUCAUCGACCCAAAAACGAGAAGCAGAAAGAACCUGCUUACACCCCCAUCACAAUGACCAACCAGUUCGACCACCCGUCGCCCUACCCGCCCCUGCGCGGCGCGGUGCGCCCGGUCAGCUACGCCCACCAGUACUACCGGGUGUGCCCGUACGGCCGCCGCCGCCGCAGCCACGUGCCGCCACCUCGGUCGCCGCGGUCGCGGCUGCCGCCCCAGCGCGAGGGGGACGAAGAGGAGGAGAAGCCGGAGAAACCGACAGGGAACCCCUCGGAGAAGGACUACGAAUUGCAGGGGGUGCACGGGCGUGACUUCCAGGCCGAGGCGGACGCGAUGAAGAAAACGAAGGAGGAGGAGAUGGUGGUUGAGAAGGAGGAAGAGGAGAGGAAGAGACAGGCGAUGCUGGCCUGGAUGUCGGCCGAGUCGGAGACGGAAGAUAGUGAGAGCGAAAGCGGCGAAGGUACGAGUAAGAAAAAGAAGGGGCUUGUGACCUUCGCCGCGUGGGUGAUGGAAGGCUAAGGGGGGGGGGUCUUCGAAACGGAGUUGCGAGGAGCAAGAGGGGGGCCAUACGAGGAUGUGAUGGUAUUGUAUCAUCUGAGAGAAAGGAAGUUACAAGAGUGGUGUCCCUAACAUCAAUGUUGAUGUGACAUGCAUUUGCGAGGCGGAAACCGAGACAGGCAUUGUUAUGGAGUUAAUGCCAGUGACAUGAAAGCCCGUCGGCGCAUGCGUGCCCUUGUCGGUGUUAUUCCACCCAAGCUCGCAAGCGGUAAAGCAAAG